AUGUUUGGAGCCGUUUGUUCAGGUAGACCUAUACAACUUGCAACUCAAGUUGAACCAACAAAAUACGUCAUUACAAUUCCAAAUGCAGCACAUGUAUCUCAUAUUGCAGUAUUUUUAUUGCCACAAACUGAAUUCACUGAUCCCAAUUAUACUGGAUUAGUAUAUAUUCAAAUGCCUGGAUCAUCAGAAUUUAUCUUGCUGGGCGGUUUAAACCCUCUUAAACCAUCUGGAAUCUUUAAAUUGAGUCAGGGGAAAAUCACAACAGGCGAGGGCCAAGAUCAAGUUAUUGAUGAUGUGGACAUGAAUAUAGAUGAAUCCGUUGCUACAGGAGGAGAUGUUGAAGCUACAAUUAAUAUUGGAAUUUCAAUUGAACCCACCCAACAAGCAGAAAUACUCUUACAAGAAGAAAAGGCAAAGAAAAUGGGUAAUUCAAACCAAAUGGUUCCUACAAGCGCCAAACCCACAGUCGCACCUACUACUACUAAGGUAACUCCACUGGACACUGCCGUUUUGGCUAAUCGAAUCGUAACCCAUGCCUAUAAUUAUUUGGGAAGUUUCUUGGAUGAUUCAGGGAAAGUACCCAUGAAGGCUUUUGACAGUUGGUGGGACAAAUUCAAAACCAAACUACAAAACAAUCCAAGUUUUCUCAACGAAAUGUAA